UUACACACACACAACAUGAAUUCCAAAGACGCCAAGUUACGACCCUUUGUCGUACUCUGCGUAAUCAUCGCAAGUUUUGGUGCUUUGAACAGUGGUUUCAAUACUAGUGCCCUGAAUAUCCCAGGCAAUUCAGUCAAAAACUGUCCCGGAGUAGAACCCGGUGUUGUUACAUAUUAUCCCAAUUCUUCCCUUCCUCAAUGUAUUCCUAUGGGAGACUGGAUUUGGGGUGUAGCCACUGGUAUGUUUGCUGUCGGUGGUCUUGUAGGCGCAAUGAUCUCCGGCCCUGCUUCAGAAAAAUUGGGCCGUCGUGAUUCUAUGCUUGUCCUCAAUAUAUCCUUCUUCAUCGGUGCCGUCCUUCUCUCUACUUGCACAACAAGUGCCCAGUUCGCCAUCGGCCGUAUUUUUGUUGGUAUUGGAUCAGGUUUCAUGACCGUCGUAAUUUCAAUGUACAUUGCCGAAAUUUCUCCCCCUGCGUAUCGUGGUGCCCUUGGUUCUUUCCUUCAGCUCUUUAUGACCAUCGGUAUUCUCAUCAUCGAAUGUAUCAGUAUUGGUCUCUCAUCUGCUAUCGGAUGGCGUAUCAUCACUGUUAUUACCAUCGUACCCGCUAUUAUUCAAAUGAUCUGUUUACCUUUCUGCCCUCGCUCCCCUCGUUGGUUGAUCAACCAGAACCGUAUCGACGAAGCCCGCACACAGCUCCUUCGUCUGCGCAACGGAGAUAUCGAAGAAGAAUUUACUGACAUGAUUCUUGGUCUCACCAAGGGCGGAGGAAAGAAGACCCCUGUUGCUGUCGACGGAUCUACUUCUAAUGAUGCUGACAAAGAUUCCGCUACCUCUGGAUUCGAUAACACCCGUCAUGAAGCCUCCAACGAGCCUUUCGAAGGAGAAGUUAGUCUGUCCUUCUUACAAGUCAUGUCCAUUCCUGUUCUUGCCUUGUUGACCAUGAAGAUGAUGGUUGUUCACGCCUCUUCCCAGAUCUCUGGUAUCAACGCCGUCAUGUACUAUUCCACCGAUAUUUUCGAAAUCUCAUUCGGCGACACUGCCAAAUACGUUACCCUUGGUGUUUCUGCCCUUAAUGUCUGUAUGACAUUUGUCGGUCUUGCUCUUGUUGAUCGUCUCGGUCGUAAGAUGCUCCUGUUGAUUUCUGCCGUCGGCAUGUGCGUCUUUGCUGUUGUUAUGACCAUCUCCCUUAUCUACACCGUCUCAGCUCUCCAGGUUGUUUGCAUCAUGAUGUUCGUUGCCUCUUACGCUGUUGGCUUGGGUAUGAUUCCCUUUAUUAUCACUGCUGAAGUAUACCCCACCUAUGCUGUCGGUGCCGCCUCUUCCGCUGCCUUGGUUAUCAACUGGUUGUGUAACUUUAUCAUUGGUCUUGUAUUCCCUGCUCUCCAGAGUGCUUGUGGCGCCUAUGUCUUCUUGAUCUUUGCUGGUAUCUGUCUCUGUAUUGCAAUCUUCAUCUUCUUCUUUGUGCCCGAAACAAAGCGCAAGUCUAUUGAGCAGCUAGGCCAAGAACUCGGAUGGGCCAACCUCGAUCUUGAGACUCUCUUGGCCAAGAAAGAAAAGAACUAAGGCCAAAUGUCUUUAUUCUUCUUACUUUUAUUUUAUUUUUAUUUUAUUUUUUAACUCUCACGCACGCAUUACCUUUCUCUAUUUACAUUUUUCUCUUGAAGAAAAAGAGAAUUCCCGUUUUUUAUAAUUAGUACUCUCAUACCGGUAAAAGCCAUUUCACCUUCUACCUUUCUAUUUCUUGUUAGUUGACUGAAUUAUCGUCUUCUUCAAGCUCUGUAUCUUUUUCCCUUAUUCAGCAUUGAAACAAAUGCUACAAUGUAAAUUACUUAUUUCCUAGUUUAUUUUAUUUUGCUUUACGACCUUGUCAAUAGAGUUUCUUUCAAACCAAAUACAUUUUUUUUUCUCUAUCUCUGUAAAUCAAAAGCUUAUUUCAGCUGUAUUAUAAUAUAAUGUUGAUAUUGAAUCUAAUAUGUCUGGCCUUUGUACAAUGUAACAUUUGAUUUCUUCUUCUAUGUUUCUCAGUCUUUAAAUUCAUUUUACUAUCAACGUUUUCUUCAGAGAAAAUUAAAGUAUAUUCCAAAACCUC